CCCUUGCCCGCCUCCAGGAGCUGGGAGUACAGAGGGGCCCACCAUGGUGUUCCCGGGACCCCUGGCUGUCACCCUGCUGCCGCCCAGCCUCACACUGCUGGUGGUGCACCUCGCCAGCUCCCAGGAUGUCGCCAGUGAACCCAGCAGUGAGCAGCAGCUGUGCUCCCUGAGGGAACACCCCAUCGUGGCCUUUGCAGAUCUGAAGCCAUGGGUCUCUAACUUCACCUACCCUGGAGCCCAAGAUUUCUCCCAGCUCGCUCUGGAUCCUUCCAGAAACCAGCUCAUCGUGGGAGCCAGGAACUACCUCUUCAGACUCAGCCUUGCCAAUGUCUCCCUCCUUCAGGCCACAGAGUGGGCCUCCAACGAGGACACGCGCCGCUCCUGCCAAAGCAAAGGGAAGACCGAGGAGGAGUGUCAGAAUUACGUGCGAGUCCUGAUUGUCACUGGCCGGAAAGUGUUCAUGUGUGGGACAAAUGCCUUUUCGCCAGUGUGCUCCAGCAGACAGGUGGGGAACCUCAGCCGGACAGUGGAGAAGAUCAAUGGUGUGGCCCGCUGCCCCUACGACCCGCGCCACAACUCCACAGCCGUCAUCUCCUCCCAGGGGGAGCUCUACGCAGCCACGGUCAUCGACUUCUCAGGUCGGGACCCUGCCAUCUACCGCAGCCUGGGCAGCAGACCACCGCUUCGUACUGCCCAGUAUAACUCCAAGUGGCUCAAUGAGCCAAACUUUGUAGCAGCCUAUGAUAUCGGGCUGUUCGCGUACUUCUUGCUGCGGGAGAACGCGGUGGAGCAUGACUGUGGACGCACCGUGUACUCUCGGGUGGCCCGCGUGUGCAAGAAUGACAUGGGGGGCCGGUUCCUGCUGGAGGACACUUGGACCACGUUCAUGAAGGCCCGGCUCAACUGCUCCCGCCCGGGUGAGGUCCCCUUCUACUACAACGAGCUGCAGAGUGCCUUCCACCUGCCGGAGCAGGACCUCAUCUACGGGGUCUUCACCACUAAUGUAAACAGCAUUGCCGCAUCUGCUGUCUGCGCCUUCAACCUCAGUGCCAUCUCUCAGGCUUUCAAUGGCCCGUUUCGCUACCAGGAGAACCCCAGGGCUGCCUGGCUCCCCAUCACCAACCCCAUCCCCAAUUUCCAGUGCGGCACCCUGCCCGAGGUGGGCCCCAACGAGAACCUGACAGAGCGAAGCCUGCAGGACGCACAGCGCCUGUUCCUGAUGAGCGAGGCCGUGCAGCCGGUGACACCCGAGCCCUGUGUCACCCAGGACAGCGUGCGCUUCUCACACCUCGUGGUGGACCUUGUGCAGGCCAAGGAUACGCUCUACCACGUGCUCUACAUCGGCACGGAGUCCGGCACCAUCCUGAAGGCGCUGUCCACGACGAGCCGCAGCCUCCGCGGCUGCUACCUGGAGGAGCUGCACGUGUUGCCCCCCGGGCGCCGGGAGCCGCUGCGCAGCCUGCGCAUCCUGCACAGCGCCCGCGCACUCUUCGUGGGCUUGAGUGACGGCGUGCUGCGGGUGCCGCUGGAGAGGUGUGCCGCCUACCGCAGCCAGGGGGCAUGCCUGGGGGCACGGGACCCGUACUGCGGCUGGGACGGGAAGCAGCAACGUUGCAGCACGCUUGAGGACAGCUCCAACAUGAGCCUCUGGACCCAGAACAUCACAGCAUGUCCUGUGCGAAAUGUGACUCGGGAUGGGGGCUUCGGCCCAUGGUCACCAUGGCAACCGUGUGAGCACUUAGAUGGGGACAACUCAGGUUCUUGCCUGUGUCGGGCCCGGGCCUGUGACUCCCCCCGACCCCGCUGUGGGGGCUGUGACUGCCUGGGGCCAGCCAUCCACGUUGCCAACUGCUCCAGGAACGGGGCGUGGACACCGUGGUCAUCGUGGGCCCUAUGCAGCACCUCCUGUGGGAUUGGAUUCCAGGUCCGCCAGCGAAGUUGCAGCAACCCUGCUCCACGCCACGGGGGCCGCAUCUGCGUGGGCAAGAGCCGGGAGGAACGGUUCUGUAACGAAAACACGCCUUGCCCGGUGCCCAUCUUCUGGGCAUCCUGGGGCUCCUGGAGCAAGUGCAGCAGCCACUGUGGGAGCGGUGUGCAAUCGCGGCGUCGGGCCUGUGAGAACGGCAACUCCUGCCCGGGCUGCGGCGUGGAGUUCAAGACUUGCAACCAUGAAGGCUGCCCCGAAGUGCGGCGCAACACGCCGUGGACGCCCUGGCUACCGGUGAACGUGACCCAGGGCGGGGCGCGGCAGGAGCAGCGCUUCCGCUUCACGUGCCGCGCGCCGCUGGCCGACCCCCACGGGCUGCAGUUUGGCCGGAGGAGGACGGAGACCCGAAUCUGCCCCGCGGACGGCUCUGGAGCCUGCGACACAGACGCCUUGGUGGAGGAGCUCCUGCGCAGCGGGGGCACCUCCCCGCACACGGUGAGCGGGGGCUGGGCCGCCUGGGGCCCGUGGACCUCCUGCUCCCGAGACUGUGAGCUGGGCUUCCGCGUCCGCAAGAGAACAUGCACAAACCCGGAGCCCCGCAACGGGGGCCUGCCGUGCGUGGGUGACGCUGCAGAGUACCAGGACUGCAACCCCCAAGCUUGUCCAGUGCGGGGUGCCUGGUCCUGCUGGACCUCUUGGUCCCCAUGCUCAGCCUCCUGCGGUGGCGGCCACUAUCAACGCACCCGUUCCUGCAGCAGCCCUGCCCCCUCUCCGGGCGAGGACAUCUGUCUCGGGCUGCACACGGAGGAGGCGCUGUGUGCCACACAGGCCUGCCCAGAAGGCUGGUCGCCAUGGUCUGAGUGGAGUGCGUGCACGGAGGAUGGAGUCCAAAGCCGUGGCCGGUACUGCGAGGAGCUGGUCCCCGGGCCCAGCACUUGUGCUGGAAACAGCAGCCAGAGCCGCCCCUGCCCCUCCAGGGAGAUGCCCGUGAUCCUGCCUGCCUCCAGUGUGGAUGAGGCCACUGGCUGUGGAGAGUUCAGUCUCCUCCACCUGGUGGCCACAGGCAUCUCCUGCUUCGUGGGCUCUGGGCUGCUGACCUUGGCGGUGUACCUGUACUGCCAGCACUGCCGGCACCAGUCCCAGGAGUCCACGCUCGUCCAUCCCGCCACCCCCAACCACCUGCAUUACAAGGGCGGGGGUGCCCCCAAGAAUGAGAAGUACACACCCAUGGAAUUCAAGACCCUGAAUAAGAAUAACCUGAUCCCCGAUGACAGAGCCAACUUCUACCCAUUGCAGCAGACCAAUGUGUACACGACCACCUACUACCCGAGUCCACUGAACAAACACAGCUUCCGGCCCGAGGCCUCACCUGGACAACGGUGCUUCCCCAACAGCUGAUACCACUGUCCUGGGGACUUGGGCUCCUUGCCUUCCUAAGGCACAGAGCAGGUGGAGGUGGGACGGUGGAGCCAGUUUGGUUUUCUCCCUCUGCACUAGGCCAAGAACUUGCUGCCUUGCCUUGUGGGGUCCCAUCUGGCUUCAAAGAGCUCUGGCUGGCGGUGACCAUGGGGGAGAGGGCUGGCUUCAGGCUGGCACACGGCUGCAGUUCCAGCUCAGCCCGGGUCUCUCAUGGCCUCCUUGGAACCCACCGUCAUGCUGAUCUCCCCUGCCAUGUCUGGGCUGUGGACCUACUAGGCGUGUGAGGGAAUUGGAGAGUGGAGAUGGCAGGAGGGCAGGCUUUUAGGUUUGGGUUGGAAAUGACAGCCCGUGUAGCUAUCAGGGGCUGAGUCUGCCCCUCUUUGGCUGGCCCCAGGAAGGGCCUGGGCUACAUCCUGAUUAUCUCUGAAAGAAACUAGUCAAAUGACCCCAGUAGUUCUGGAUUCUCUGCCCAGGGCUGGGUCAUUGUGGUGCUGCCCCAGUGUGACAUGGGGACCAAGGCUGGAGCAGGUUGUCCACGUUUGCCUAGCAGUCUGUGCUUUACCCAGCGACAUCCCUCUGGUCAGAGGCAGUGAGGACUGGGGGCUGGAGACUGAACUGUGCUGAGAAGUCCUUUAAUCUGGGCUGGCACAUUCCUCGGCCUUUCAAUCAGAGUGCACGAAAGGUGACCCAGGAGGAAGGGAGGUGGGAGGCCAGUGGAGAUGGCUUUCCAGUUGCUGCUCAACAGAGCUGUUGGCUGAGACCUGCGUGGGAGUCUCUGCUGGGCCCUCAUCUGUUCAGGAACGCACACAUGUACACACACAAUCACAAUCUGCCGCAGCAACAAAAAGGAUGUUGGGCUGUGGCAUUAUUAAAGAUGAUAUCCAGUCUCCAAAUGUAACGUCGUCUUCGUGCAUAUGUGUGUGGGCUCCUCUUGGCCCGGUCUGGUCAAUUAGAGCAAUGCACUGGGGUGACAGAUGGUCUUCUCAGGGUGGGGGAGAUGACCCCAGUAGAGUUUGACUUUAAUAGAGGAUAACUUUCCAUUUGUGAGUAAAUCUCCACAUACACACGUUGCCCUAAACCCUUGUUGGAAAAGAGGGAUGAUCACAGAUUCACAAGUAGGGACACAAGUACACCAAAGGCAAUACAACAGGAGAUUUCUGCCCAUUGCCUUAGCAGCUCUAAUCGGCAACACUUCCACAGUGGAAAUGUGUGAGUCCAGCAGGGGAGUAUUGAUGAAGAUUAUUUUAUGAGGUGCUUACAUUGCUGAGUUUAAUAAAACCAG